CUCCUUGAUCUCUCGUUACUAAUCAUCAUGGCUUCUCAUUCCAUCCUUACUUUAUUUGCUUUAAUCUUUGUUUUCAAAUUUUCUUUUGUACUUGCGACCGAUGUUUCCUAUGAUGGUAGAGCAAUUACUAUUGACAGCCAAAGAAGAAUUCUCUUAUCUGGUUCUAUUCAUUAUCCACGAAGUACCGCUGAGAUGUGGCCUGAUUUGAUCAAGAAAGCUAAAGAAGGUGGGCUUGAUGCUAUUGAGACAUACAUAUUCUGGAAUGCGCAUGAACCAGUUCGUCGCCAGUAUGAUUUUAGUGGAAACUUGGAUUUUAUAAGGUUUCUCAAAACUGUUCAGAAUGAGGGGCUUUAUGCAGUACUUCGUAUUGGACCGUAUGUUUGUGCUGAAUGGAAUUAUGGAGGAUUUCCCGUUUGGUUGCAUAACAUGCCUGGCAUUGAGCUUCGGACAGCAAAUGAUGUUUUUAUGAACGAGAUGCAAAAUUUUACAAGUUUGAUAGUGGAUAUGGCUAAGCAAGAAAAUCUAUUUGCAUCACAAGGUGGUCCAAUUAUCAUUGCACAGAUUGAGAACGAAUACGGUAAUGUCAUGUCACAAUAUGGAGCUGCUGGUAAAGCCUAUGUCGAUUGGUGCGCAAAUAUGGCCAAUUCACUUGAUAUUGGAGUGCCAUGGAUUAUGUGCCAACAACCCGAUCCUCCUUCAUCUGUGAUUGGCACAUGCAAUGGCUGGUACUGUCACGAAUGGGAGCAAACCAAUCCUAACGCUCCUAAGAUGUGGACUGAAAAUUGGACCGGGUGGUUUAAGAGUUGGGGAGGUUCAGAUCCAUAUAGAACAGCGGAAGAUGUUGCUUAUGCUGUAGCUCGAUUUUUUCAAACUGGUGGAUCAUUUCAGAAUUACUACAUGUAUCAUGGUGGAACAAACUUUGGAAGAGUAGCAGGUGGUCCGUACAUUACUACAACUUAUGAUUAUGAUGCUCCGUUGGAUGAGUUUGGAAACCUAAACCAACCGAAGUAUGGGCAUUUGAAACAACUACAUGAUAUGCUGCAUUUACUUGAAGAAGCUCUCACUUACGGCAAUGUUACCAACAUGCCCAUGGACAAUUCUGCUUCGGCGACCAUUUUUUCCCUGAAUGGUACCUCUGCUUGCUUUUUGGUAAAUGAGAACACCACAGCAGAUAACACAAUUACAAUUCAAGGAAAUCAGUUUGUUGUUCCAGCAUGGUCUGUUAGUAUACUUCCUGAUUGUCAAACUGAAGCUUACAAUACUGCAAAGGUAACCACUCAAACUUCAAUCAUGGUUAAGAGAUCAAAUGGAGCAGAAAGUGAACCAGCUUCUCUAGUUUGGUCGUGGAUGCCGGAGGACAUUCAUGACACUGUUGUGGAACAAAAAGGACAAAGAUUUGCAAGCCAACUAAUUGAUCAAAAAGCUAUUAAUGAUGCUUCUGAUUACCUUUGGUACAUGACCAGUUUGAAUCUUGACAAGAAUGACCCAAUUUGGACAAAAAAUAUGAGCCUCCGUGUGAAUGGCACCGGCCAAAUCAUGCAUGCUUUUGUAAAUGGAGAAUAUCUUGGAUCUGAUUGGGCUAUGUAUGGUACAUUCCAAAAAAGUUUUGAAAAGAAUGUCAAUCUAAAUCCUGGAUCCAAUAAAAUUACAUUACUGAGUGCCACAGUUGGUCUCCAGAACUACGGCCCAUAUUUUGACUUGGUGGCUGAUGGACUUCCUGGACCAGUUGAGAUAGUUGGCAGGAAUGGUGAUGAAACAAUCAUAAAAGAUCUGUCAGCCCACACAUGGUCUUACAAGAUUGGGAUGAAUGGAUUGGAGAAAAACUUUUACAGCUCUGAAAAUUCACCGCCCACAUGGCAAACCCAAAAUUUACCCAUGAACAGAAAUAUGACGUGGUACAAGACCACUUUUAAGGCUCCCCUUGGAAACGAUCCCGUAGUUGUUGACAUGCUAGGAUUAGGAAAAGGUCUUGCUUGGGUAAAUGGAAAUAGUAUUGGUCGUUAUUGGCCUAGUUACCUAGCUGUGAAUGAUGGUAGCUGUUCCACUGAAGCCUGUGAUUAUCGUGGGAAAUAUAGUAAUAGCAAGUGUGUAUCCGGAUGUGGGGAACCGACUCAAAGAUGGUACCACGUCCCAAGAUCAUUCUUAAAAGAUGGCGCCAAUGAGUUAGUUUUAUUCGAAGAGUUCGGAGGCAAUCCUUCAUUGGUGAAUUUCCAAACAGUCGUGGUCGGUUCAGUUUGUGGCAGUGUUGCGGAAAAUAAUACUUUGGAAUUAUCUUGUCAUGGUCGACCUAUUUCAGCCAUCAAGUAUGCACAUUUUGGAAAUUCACAAGGCAACUGUGGUUCAUUCCGAAAGGGAACCUGCGGAGCCACGACCGACUCGUUGUCAGCUAUCCAAAACUCCUGUGUCGGCAAAGAAUCAUGCUCCGUAAUUGCUUCUGGAAAUGUUUUUGGAGCUACCAACUGCACCGACGUCCCAAAUAAACUUGUUGUCGAAGCACUUUGUUAGAUGUCAUGGAUUAGAAUCAGUUCAUAAUGUUUUAGGGAUUUUUCCUUUUUAAUUUUUUUGGCUUGGGCAGUUUAGUGAUUCUAGUGUAGUGAUUUUUUUUUCAUUCGUUAUUUAUUAUUGGUAGGCAAAUUGAAGAAUUGUCGGUUUUAGUUAUUUGCUUGGACGGUUAACCGGCUCCAAAAAAUAAUUAUUGAUUGAUUUUAAUGUAAUAUAUUAUCUAGAAUUUCAAGUUCUUUUGUUCACACAA